AGUGUGCACAUGCCUGUAAUAGUGCCUCAUGUGUGUGACUGUGCUGCAGCCAUCCUGUCCACAGACCUUCCGAGCAUGCAGAUGGUGUGAGCAGUCGGGGGGAAGUUUAUAGCAGCUCAUCUGAGACUCGGAUAACUCCAAGCAGCCUGCAUGCAGUCACUCAGUCCAAAUCCUUUGGAACAGGAGAGGAGGCGCACUGAGGCUGGAGUACAACUUCAGCUUCCCUCAGACCAGGAUUACUGCUGGUGCUGAUUGAAUACCUGCUCCUGGAUUGGAUUUAAUUCUUGUGCAUCAGAAUUCAAAGAUUCUGCAGUAUUUGAAAGUUGCUAUCUCGACCUGUCAAUGGAUGACCAGAAUGUGUCCCAGAGCAGCCCGCACCACAGCGGCGGACAGGCCAUAUCUGAGGGGCCGAAUGAGGGAUGGUCGAAUGUCAUCAGGUGUGGGUGGCUCAGGAAGCAAGGAGGUUUUGUCAAGACUUGGCACAGUCGAUGGUUUGUGCUGCGAGGGGACCAGCUUUACUAUUACAAAGAUGAAGAGGAGACUAAAGCCCUGGGAGUUAUUUUCUUAUCUGGAAACAGAGUUACAGAGCAUCCAACCAACAGUGAUGAUGGAGGAAAGUUUCUUUUCAAGGUCAUUCCAGGAGGAGACAGGGAGCAGGUGACAGCCAACCAUGAGACCUACCUUCUUAUGGCCAACACCCAAAAUGACAUGGAGGAUUGGGUCAAGUCAAUACGCAGGGUCAUAUGGGCUCCUUUUGGUGGAGGGAUUUUUGGUCAGAAGUUAGAGGAAACUGUCCGUUAUGAGCGUCGUUUUGGUAAUAAACUCGCUCCUAUGCUGGUUGAGCAGUGUGCCGAUUUCAUUCGGCAGCGGGGACUGAGGGAGGAGGGUCUGUUCAGGAUGCCAGGACAGGCCAACCUGGUCAAAGAGCUGCAGGAUGCCUUCGACUGCGGAGAAAAACCCUCCUUUGACUGUAACACAGAUGUGCAUACAGUUGCAUCUCUAUUAAAGCUGUACCUCAGAGAGCUACCAGAGCCCGUCGUUCCUUUCCUCAAGUAUGAUGACUUCUUGUCCUGUGCCAAGCUCCUGGGCAAGGAUGAUGAAACUGGCAUGAAGGAGUUAAGAAGGCUUGUGGAGAGUCUACCUCCAGUGAACUACAACCUUCUUAAAUACAUAUGCAGAUUUCUGGAUGAAGUCCAGUCAUAUUCAGGGGUGAAUAAAAUGAGUGUCCAGAACCUCGCCACAGUGUUUGGCCCAAAUAUCUUGAGGCCAAAGGUUGAGGAUCCAGUAGCUAUUAUGGAAGGUACUGUUCUGGUCCAGCAGCUCAUGGCUCUUUUGAUUGGCCGGCAUGAUGUGCUUUUCCCUCGAGACGAGGACAGCCCCAUAACGCUUGAGCUUGUGAACAACAACAACACUGAAUUACAACAGCGACAAGUUCCCACAACAACCUCUGCCAUCACAACAGUGUCUCAGAAUACUGAAAACAACAACACACAAGUAGUCCGCCAGUGUGUUUGGGAGGCACCCACAUCUCCAUCGCACCACCAACAUGUCGACAACAGCGGUUCGCCUCGAUCCGCUAGCCCUGGUAAUGGCAUCAUCGGACGCUUUGACAUCACACGCAGCCCACCGCUAGCCGUGAAAAAGAACCCAGCCUUCAGUAAGGGUAGUGGUAUUGUUACAAAUGGUUCUUUCAGUUCUUCUUCGCCUUCCUCAGACCCCAAUCAAGAAAAGAGCCAGACUUUACCUGGAGGUGGGAGCUUUCAUAUACGCCGCAACGGGGCACUCAAAGGCUCAGGUACAAAAAUGGGUACCAGUGGUGUGACCAGUGGAUGCAACACUGGGGGAACUGGAACUGGGGUUGUGCGGAUGGGCCUUCCUGGCAGUGACGUGGUCACAGGGAGUCUUAACAACCGCAGCAGUCUUUGGGUACCAAACGGGUGUGUUACAUUACGGGACAACAAAACAAGGGACUGCUCCAAUAGGGAACAAACAGCCAACCGCCUGUCCACAUAUGACAAUGUCCAUUUAAACCAUCAGAAUCUGCACCAACAUAACCAGAUCACCAUCACGUGUCUGAACAGCAGCUGCGAAGACAAACAGAGCGUGGACAGCGCAACCUGGUCCACCUCCUCCUGUGAAAUUUCUCUUCCUGACAACUCCACAUCUUGCCGCUCCUCCACCACUACCUGCCCUGAGCAGGACUUCUUCGGAGGUCACUACGAAGACCUGGACGGACCAACUCGAGUCACGGUGCUUCCCCAAUCUGUUGGAGGAGUUGAAAGGGAGGGCAGAUCCAGCAACAGAGAUGGAGGUGGAGAUGGAGCAGGAAGGAGUAGUCGGGGCACCAGCAGUAGUGACAAUAGUGAUGGUUUUACUGUCAGUAAUGGACCCGACAGCCACAGCGCUCUUCACAGCUUAGUCGCCAGUCUGAAACAGGAAAUGCACAAACAGAAAAACGAGUACGAGGCCAGAAUUAAAAGCCUGGAGCAGAGGAACCUGGAGCUGGAGAUGGAAAUGGUGAGCCUCCACGAGGAGCUGGACCAGGAGAGGAAAAAGUACACAAUGGCAGAGAUCAAACUACGCAACGCAGAACGGGCCAAGGACGAUGCCGAGCGGCGAAAUCAGAUGCUGCAGAAAGAAAUGGAACAGUUUUUCUCCACAUUUAGUGACCUCCCUGCAGCCGGUAGUGCCACAGUCAUCGAGCCGCGCCGACCAGAUCGAAACACCACCAUCUGGAUUCAGUGAAGAAGGAAAUGGAUGACUAUUAAAACAUGUGACCACUGAGUGGACUCCAAACGGGAUUUGUCUGCUCACUGUAAUGAACCAUAGAAAACUACAUUGUUUUAAUGUAAUAAAUAGGAAGUAGAGAUCUGUCACAAACCUGUUCUAUAAACGGAGAGAUCACGCUGGGUGAUGCCAUACUGAUGUUAUUUGUAAAUUGAGAAUUAUUUAAAAUGCUUAUCAUAAAUGGGAAUGGGAAGUGGUGUGCACAGAUGUCCUUGACUGGGGGACAAAAAACAAUCCUUGGACAUGAAAAUGCAGAAACACCACAGCAGGUAUCUAACCAAAUAUUUUAACAACUUUUUCCUUGUCAUUUGUUGCCUGCUUAUGUACAUAGAACAAAACAACUAUGAAAAAUGGUGACAUACUGUAUGUACGUAAAGAAAAAAAUGGAAUGUUUAUACUUCAAAUUGAUAUUUAAGUUUUCUCAGUGUGUGAUAUAUUCUAUUCUUUUUUAUCAACUUUUUUGCACAUACAUGUUUCUUUUAUUUUCAGAGAGGAGCCGCUGUCAUUCAAAAUGCAGUGCCUAUGAAAAUAAUACUGUUUUUAAUUCUUUUGUAGCAUUCAUAUUCAGAACAACAUGAGUGAAAAAUCCCAUCAGUUAAAACUGAAACCACCUAACUAUAAAAGUGACACCAAAUUCACUAAAAGAAAUGUGGUCUUGAUUUAACCCUUAUGGGUCCAGGAGCAUAAAGAAACACUACUGGUGAGUCCAUGGAACCCUGGAGUUACAGUAGUGUUCAGAAUAAUAGUAGUGCUAUCUGACUAAAAAGAUAAACCCAGGUUUUAUCCAGGUCUUAUUGUAAUCUCAGAUUACUCUUGUUAGCGGAUAAUUUCAUGCAACCAUGCAUAAAUCCAUCUUAUUCACUCAGUAUUGUGGAAAUGCAUGAUGACAGAAGAACACUCUAGACAAAUCUUCUCAAAGUGAAGGGGACAAAUCGGGAUGAUGGAAGAAAAUGCCACGUUGAACGUCACUUGCAGUUCACUUAAUUUGGACAUGAAGAUAUGUUAAAAGUGUCCGAAAUUGAAUUAUCCCUUUGUAGUUUGGGAAAAGAUUUACAAUCCGUGGUGAGCAUCUCUGUUUAUUAAGCCUUGGGACCAAGCCCAGUUUGAGCUGGUUUACUCCUCAUAGUUGUUGGAGAUCAACAGAGAAAAGCACAGUAAAUUCACCUACAGUAUCUGUCCUUCUGGAAGGUUCUCCUCUUUCCACAGAGGAAUGCUAGAGCUCUGACAGAGU